AUGGUCCCCAACCACAUCGACCUCCAGGAGAACAACAUCUACGUGGACACGACUUCGGGCAGUCUCGUCGGUAUCUGCGGCUGGAAGGACACCGAGGUCAGUCCGUUUGGAAUGUCGCUGGGCGGUCUCGAGGCCAUGCUAGGGAUCAGAAGGGUCAGCGUGGGCUACACCUAUCUCCCCAACCAGCAGGCCCUUCGCGAUGUGUUUUGGGCGGCGUUUAAGGAGUUGAUGAAGGGCUACGACGAUCGCGUGGAAGUUGCAACGAUUGCAGGCCUCUUCCUAAACAAUGGCUUUCAGCAUGACGAGCAUGGCAACACGAUUCCGGCGCAGGAGGGAAGCGAUGACUUGAUUUUUCUCGAUGCAGUUAUCCUGGGGAAUUCGUCAUCUCAAUAG